AUGGAUGGUGGAAACUCAAAGAAAAAAGGUCAACCCUCUACUACUGAAGGCCAGUCUGAUGAUCCUGUCGGGGUAGCUGCUGAGAUGGUCGACAUGCCAUCUGCUUCAGCAGAUCCUUACGAUAGUGCAACAGCUAUGCCUUCACCUCCUUCUUCAGGUCCUUCAGCAUCAGUGCCAUCCACAUCGUUUUUUAAGCCGAUGCCCAUGCCCACUCAUCCACUAUCUGCGUUUGUUGUUGCAACACAGUCAUCCACCCCGGCACCCCAUAUUCCUCCGACAGUCGAGGACACAUUGAAAAAGAUCUUGGAAAACCAAACCACCAUCAUGAACACCUUGGUAGAACAUGGAUCAGUGAUUGAUGAGCUGGAGAAGCAGAUAGCAGCAGCUGGUAAUAUUCCAUUCGAUUUACUCAUAAGGUCAGACCCACCAGCACCAACAGCACCAUCUGUUCCAGUGGCACCAGCUGGCCAGUCUGAGAAGCCAGACCUGGCUGCCAACACUGCUGAGGCAGUGCGCCAGAUGUUCACCAACCCAGUUACUCCCAGAGACGAUGAUGAUGUGAUCCAGUUAGAGGAGACUGAGGGCGGUGAUGCCUCUAUGGACACAGCGAUGUCCAAGGCCACAUAG